AUGAUCGGUGCGGUUGAGGAUGAGUCGGGAAGUUGGUUCGGGAGUCUGGAGAAGAGGGGGCCGACAGCCUCAAGUUGGGGGACGGGCUUGUGUAUAAAGUUCUGGACUUCCUCCAGCUUCCCUCCAUCCUAUCCUUUCCAACUCAGACCUCUUUCGGUAUACACACCAGCUCAUUAUCAUUUACCAAAACCACAAAGAUACACACGAGACCAUCAGUCGACAACCGUCAACCACACUCCUACAACAUGCCUUCCCAGUGCAAUUGUACCUCGUGCUCCUGCACCUCCUGUGACAGCUGCAGCUGCUGCUCCCACUAAGCUCCACAAGCCCUCAGCAGUGCUUGAUGAGGAAGAUGGAACUGUUGAUCACCCGGCCAAUUGCUAG